AUGUAUGCUGAGAGUGGUUUUACUUCCCGUGCAACAGAGGGAUCGGGCACCGCCGCUGACGGUCUGGGUGAGGUGGAAGAGGAGAAGGAGGACGACGUCAUAGACCCCAGCUUUCUUUCCACCUUUGAUGGUAAUGAAAGCGUAGAUUACGGUGGCGAUGAACCAACCCCGGAUUUAUACGCCGUGCUCGGUGUGGCGAAGGACGCCUCAGAAGCCGAUAUUCGGGCGGCAUACCGUCGUCUAUCGCGAUUUUUGCAUCCCGACAAGCAUGUCGCAUCAGCCGAAACCAACUGUCUCCCUGAGGACGGUGGCGGUUCUGCCAUUCUUGCGGAUGCGGAGGCUGCUUUCGGCCGGCUUACGACGGCCUACAACAUCCUCUGUGAUCCUCACAAGCGCGCCAUUUAUGACCAAUACGGAUUCACGGGUAAGCGGUGCUAUGCGGCCAAGUGGAUAGAUAGACUCCCAUUAAUUAAAACUUUUGACGCCGGUUUAUACCUUAGUUCCGAGGGCGCUUUUUCGAAGGGAUUCGGCCCACCUUGCGUUAUUUCCAGUCAGACGAGAAAAUUUGUUGAAACUUUUUCUGACGUGCAUUUCGGGAGAUUUUGUCUCAUGACCCAUUCCUGUAGACCAAACCUUCAAGCAUCCGUUCGGUUAUUGUAUGGCAACCAGGAUUGACCAUCCUAACGCGUCAGUCAGCAACUUGUCCUGUUAUUCGAGGUCGGUUCAUUUUCGCACUAUUUACCUCUCCCCAACACAGUAAUUAGUUUCACCUCUAAGCAUUGAGCUCUUUUAAACCAUAUUUUUGCCCUCAGAACAACCAAGAAGUUCGGGUUUGCCGACGAAACCAUACCCAUUAGAAUCGAAAGUUUGCGUGAAUGCCUACUCAAAGUAUUUCGAUAGCCUAACGAAACUAUAUACAUGUCCAUUUUCACCAUUUUUGCUCCUUACCACUCGUUCAUUUGUCCAACCCUGGUGUCACUACCCCAAGACUGGACAGUUACUAUUGUUUUAAAUAUCAGUCUUUAAGGCAUGAUUCCACGUGCUAGCUCUAUUAGAUCCGUCUCAAGCUAUGUUCUACUCUAGGAUUACGCAUGCAAGGUUGGGAAUUAGCCGUUCGCGAUAAAUCGGCGGCUGAGCUACGACUAGAAUAUCUCUUACUGAAGGCAAAGGCAAAGGAGGAGGAUCAGAAGCGUUUUCUGCAGGCUGAAUCAGAAUUCUCCGCAGGCGUUGACUUGACCGACGUCUUUGAUCGGUACUUGAAGGUUAGCCUCCUUAUUUUUUUAUUUGUGGCGGCCACAAGUAGAUCCAGCAAGAGUAGAAUGGGUGCGCACGUGGAUGUUUUCCAAAAGAACCACAGUCUGGCUGUACGCCGAGCGCCCCUCGAUUGUCUGUUCCGAAAAUAACUGUCUUCGUUUAUAGGAUCCUCCCCAAGAGCGUGUCGGCCUACCCUCGAUCUACGUGAAUGAGGUGUACUUGUCUCAGUCCAUUACUGUCUGCCGCACUCUUUGGCAUACAGUCAGCCUAGCUGGACAGGUCGCCGCGCGCAAUGGCGUUGGUGCGGGCACACUUAUCGGUGUUUGGCAGCGUCGGCUCUCCUCCAAGACUCCGCUGGUUGGUGCGGGCAACGUAGAAACCCUUGUAAGCGAUCCUGUUUUCUACAUCCACCUCCUAUUUAAAUCUUGCAUCUUGGCAACCUGAUGAGAUGCUGCCCUGCGUGUGCACUUUUCUACAGGUGACCUGUUAUUUUCUGAUCAACUGAUCAACUCAUUACGAAGAUACUUCUUCCCCACUAAACCCGGACUUAUUUUUUGUGGAUUUUAGUGUAGAAAAAAUCAGCUCGGUUCGUGAAGACGGGGCCGCAACAAACAGCUUAUCUCUAAAACAACAAUUUAAUAUUCAGGCAACUGAAAAUAUUGUCUCAAGCAUGACCUUGCACUAAUAAAUACGGUAGGAUUGUAUGCAUCCACACCGUCCAACUUUCACAGUUGACUGGCCUUUUAUUUGGUUUGCGCCAUCAGGCUAACCGUUUGUGACCCACUGUUAUCAUUCCCUGUCUUGCUAAUGACGAGAUUAGUGCUGAAGACGGUGCCUGUGAUGCUACGUGACUGGGCACUGCCGCUGCCACCUGCACUAUAACUUCUCGGAACCACAUAGACGAAUGCCUUUACAUCUACUCCCCUAAGUUGUUUUAUUCUCUGCCAAAAAGAAACCGACCGCCCAUUCCUGAAAGACUAAAGUGAACGUAAACAGGACAAAAAAUUUCCCCACUGGUGUGUUGUUGUCACAUAUCCAGACAAUUCUAGUCGUUAAAUUCGUUAUUCUGCUUGUUCGCUCACGGGCUAAAGGCAUGACAGCCACCGGCUUUAAGGAACCAAGUGUGCGAAUGACACCGUUUCGAAAGCAGGGUUUUUAGAGAGUUGCCUAACGCCUUUCCAGUUUGUGAUUAAAUACGUAUUGCCUGGCAAUCGAAUUUUCCGUAGAAGGGUGCGGUAGCAGACAAGUACCAUCGCAGUUCAGGGAGUUGGGUGCAGAUUUGGUAAUCGAACUCCAGUAAAGAAACCACGGCAGCCAUCUUGCACAUAGCCACCACACAUUACAGUUCAAUAACAACACUCGCUACGCAAACCCCGACCUCCGUUGCAUCUACAUUUUAAUUUUUGUGUUGCAAUAUUAUUCCCUCUUCAUAUAAUCGCUUAAAAGAUCAGUCCGAAAGGGUAUUAAUGAUAUUGUGGUGCUUUUCUCCCCAGCCUGGACAGCUGGGAAAAGGGUUGUUGCAGAACAUUUCGAGGCUUUCUCAUUUCGUCAACUGCUUCUAUAUCUUCCACCUUGGUAGUGUUUCGUCUAAGCACUGCAUUUUCUGGUGCUUUUUUCCCCUCCCCUGAUAGGUGUCCUGCGGUCGCGGCGGACGCGGGCUUGGUGUGGGUGUCAAAUUGUUCAAAGACUUGCAUGAUCGUCUCUCUGGGUUUGUGGGCCUCGAGGUAGCCCAGAUGCGAUCCAGACGAUCCAGCUCACUGGCUCUCCUGCCCGGCGCCUCAUUGGGCUUCACCUUCCAGAUCGCGCCGCGCAUAUACUCCCGCCUACAAUACGCCAUCAACCUCAACGGCGGUCUUUCGUCUGAAGUCUGGUGGACAAGUGAAAGGGGUGAACGCAGCUGCCGACUACACUGUCGUCUCUCCAAUCUUGGUGAACUUUUUCUUACGACACGCUUUGAGAGUACUGUUGGCUGGGCAUGGCUCAAUCCCUUCCAACCACCCACCACUGUGGGCUCAGAACGUUACCCUGGCCGCGACAAGUGUCCCGAGUGGGUCGACCCAGCAGACGAAGAAGAGGGUGGUGACCUACUUGCCGCACAGAACCGAGGUCGGGUCUCGGUGUCCCUAGGCUGCAACAGCUACGAUCUCCUCGAGGCCCGUCUAGGUGUCAAUUGUAUCCUAUCGGAACUGACCCGUCUUUCAGGCGAAAUCAGCGCCAGUUGGAUGCAAGGCGUUGGCCUAAAACUGGGCCUCCACCGGGGCGGCCAAUCCUACAGUCUGCCAAUCCGGCUCUCCGACAAUCGCGACUUUGCUGCUCUGGGUUACGGAGCCAUCAUACCGGUCCUAGUGUUUGGCGUGGUGCGCAGCCUAGUCUACGAUCCCUGGAUGCGACGGCAGAUACGCCGGCUUCAGGAAGUGCGGCGUCGGCGCCUGCGUGACCAACUACAACAGUUACGCGGUGAGGCUCUGGCUACUCAAGCCCUGAUGCAGCACGCUUCGACGCGCUCCGCUAAUGCGGAGAAAGCGGUCAAGGGGCUAGUCAUUGUGAACGGCCUCUACGGCUACCUACGGGCUGAAAACCCUGGUCUGCCCUUAGACCCCGAUGAUGGCGGGCCCAUGUGUUUGGACGUGACUGCGCCAUUGCAGGUCGCUGUGGAAAACCACCAGCUUCGCCUUCCGCCUGGUCGAUGGGCCGACCUUCAGGGAUUCUAUGAUCCCUGUGCGGGCCUGAUGACAACCUCUGCCGGUGGCCUCCUACCCAUGACGCGGAGGCAGCUUUUCGUUGCCUACUCCUUUAAUGGCCUUCCCCAUGAAGUACUGGUGGAGGAGACACAAGGCCUUGCCAUACCGAUGGCCAAACACCGCGUAUCCGCCUAUGGGCGUUAG